AUGUCCGAGUCGCGAGAUGAGUUGGCGCAGCAGCCCUCCACGCCGCUGCGCAGGGAACGAGCGCCCACGAUUACCAUCGAUACAUCCGCCGUAAACACCUCCGAGAACCCGCAUGUUCAGGUUUUUGGCCAGCCCUCGCUCCAGCUCAACACGAGUAACUUGGACACGACCACGAGCUGGCAUUAUAGGAAUGGUAGCGACGCCUCCCCGAUCGAAUUUCGGUCGCCAGCCUCAAUCAUCAGCUCCAAUGCCUCCUUUGAAGCUCGAGACGAUCGCCCAACAUCGCCUCACAACGUGUCAUCCCCCAAGUCCAAGUUUCCCGAAACACACUCCAACUUCCUCUCUGUGCCAGGAGCCCGUUCCCGCGGUAAUUCAUUGGAGUCCGAGGAUACGAGCCAAACAUCGAGCACCUACGGCGGUGAUACCUUCGUGCCCACCUCUCAUGGAUCUCAUUCCGACCUGUCCAAUAACUACAACUUCGAUGACGAGGAGGCGCUGAACCCCGAUCCCGGUCGAGAGUCCGAGUUCGAGGUGGAGAACAACAAGUUUGCUUUCUCCCCAGGGCAGCUGAACAAGCUCCUCAACCCGAAAAGUUUCGCGGCAUUUCGUGCACUGGGAGGACUACGAGGAUUGGAAAAGGGACUUCGUACCAAUACACAGAGUGGUCUGAGCGCGGAUGAAUCUACACUGGAUGGAGCUGUUAGCUUCCAGGAGGUGGUUGGAUCAGAGUCCUUGCCCAAGACAGCCUUCCCGACGGGUCCACCGCCAGAUCAGUCAUCGGGCAGCGAAAUGGUAUCAAGUCCCGGAGAGGACUAUGUCGACCGGAGACGCAUAUACGGAACUAACAAAUUGCCUGAGCGGAAACUCAAGACGAUCUGGGAAUUGGCUUGGAUCGCAUACAACGACAAGGUCCUUAUUUUGCUUACGAUUGCAGCCGUGGUUUCGCUCGCCGUAGGUAUUCCACAGUCCUUGCAUCCUGCAAAUCCAGAUGAACCUGGUGUGGAGUGGGUGGAAGGUCUUGCCAUUCUCAUUGCUAUUAUUAUUGUGGUUGUCGUCGGUGCGGCGAACGAUUGGCAGAAAGAACGACAGUUCGCAAAACUGAAUAAGAAGAAGGAGAACAGACUUGUCAAGGUCAUGCGGUCUGGCAAGACGGUGGAAAUCUCGAUUCACGAUCUGGUUGUCGGUGAUGUGAUGCACCUGGAGCCCGGUGAUAUGGUCCCGGUGGAUGGGAUCUUGAUCGAAGGCCACGGUGUGAAAUGCGACGAAUCCUCCGCCACUGGUGAAUCCGAUAUCAUUCGCAAAGCUCCCGGCAACGAUGUCUACCGGACGAUCGAGCAACAUGAAGACCUCAAGAAAAUGGACCCAUUCAUCAUUUCCGGUGCGAAGGUGUCGGAAGGUGUCGGAACUUUCUUGGUCACUGCCACUGGCGUGCACUCUACCCACGGUCGGACGAUGAUGUCUCUACAAGAGGAAGGCGAAACCACUCCACUUCAAAGCAAGCUGAACAAGCUGGCCGAGUACAUCGCGAAGCUUGGUCUUGCAUCAGGAUUGCUUUUAUUUGUGGUGUGUUUCAUCAAGUUUCUUGUUCGUCUCAAGGAUAUCGAGGGUGGUGCAGAUGCAAAAGGACAGGCUUUCCUGCAGAUCUUCAUCGUUGCUGUUACCAUUGUCGUCGUUGCGGUUCCCGAAGGAUUGCCCCUAGCGGUUACACUCGCCCUCGCGUUUGCGACAACAAGGAUGAUCAAGGAUAACAACUUGGUUCGUUUCUUGAAGGCUUGUGAGACCAUGGGUAACGCGACGACAAUUUGCUCCGAUAAGACAGGAACUCUUACAGAAAACAAAAUGAGCGCCGUCGCAGCCACGCUAGGAACGAGUUCUCGCUUCGGCGAUAAAUCGCCUAGCUCAAAUUCCGAAUGCGUCUCCGCUUCGGAAUUUGUGUCCAGUCUCUCGCCCUCCGUCAAAGACGUUUUGCUCAAAUCGAUUACUCUGAACUCGACUGCGUUCGAGGGCGAGUCUGAUGACUGCUCUUUUGUCUUUCGCCCGCGAAUAUCUUGGUAUGGGACCACCGGCGAGGAGAGGGCAAAUGCGAAGAUUGCACAAAUGUUUCCCUUCGAUUCGGGCCGCAAAUGCAUGGCUGUUGUUGUCCAAAUGGAGAAUGGAAAGUAUCGAAUGCUGGUCAAGGGAGCUGCGGAAAUCCUGAUGAACAAGUCGACACGCAUCGUGCACGAUCCCUCCGGUGAACUUUCAGAGGACCCGAUGUCUGACGACGACCGAUCUACGCUUGACAAUAGGAUUACUACCUAUGCAUCGCGCUCGCUACGUUGCAUUGCCCUCGUUUACCGCGACUUCGAACAAUGGCCGCCUCGCGGUGCACCCACUUCGGAAUCCGAUCGCAGCAUGGCUGAAUUUGAGCCGGUCUUCAAGGAUAUGACACUUCUCGGGAUUUUCGGUAUCCAGGAUCCUGUUCGACAAGGUGUUGCGGAUGCGGUUCACACCUGUCAGCGCGCUGGUGUCUUCGUCCGUAUGGUUACUGGUGACAACAUUGUAACAGCCAAGGCUAUUGCUGAAGAGUGUGGUAUCUACACUCCCGGUGGUAUUGCUAUUGAAGGUCCCAAGUUCCGCAAGUUGAGCACCCGUCAAAUGAACCAGAUUAUCCCGAGAUUACAGGUCAUUGCUCGAUCGAGUCCCGAGGAUAAGAAGAUACUCGUCAACCAGCUCAAAAAGCUCGGAGAGACUGUCGCUGUGACUGGUGAUGGUACCAAUGAUGCCCAAGCUCUCAAGAACGCUGAUGUCGGCUUUGCGAUGGGUAUUACUGGUACUGAAGUGGCUAAGGAGGCAUCUGACAUUAUUCUGAUGGACGAUAAUUUCGCAUCUAUUGUGAAGGCCAUGGCUUGGGGUCGCACUGUCAGUGAUGCGGUGAAGAAGUUCCUUCAAUUCCAAAUCACCGUCAACAUCACUGCCGUGGUUCUGACCUUUGUCUCUGCGGUUGCCAGCAGCUCCGAAGACUCAGUUCUCAGUGCUGUCCAGCUUCUGUGGGUCAAUCUCAUCAUGGAUACCUUUGCUGCUCUUGCACUGGCGACCGACCCUCCUUCGCCCUACGUUCUUGACCGCCGACCUGAGUCCAAGGCUGCGCCGCUCAUCACUCUCACUAUGUGGAAGAUGAUCAUCGGACAGUCCAUCUAUCAGCUCGUCGUAACCUUCGUUCUCAACUUUGCCGGUCACUCCAUUUUCACGUCUUGGAGUGAUGAACACAUGCAGACUGUGGUUUUCAACACCUUCGUCUUCAUGCAGAUCUUCAACCAGUACAACUCUCGCCGGAUCGACAACAAGCUCAACAUCAUGGAAGGCAUCUGGCGCAACAAAUGGUUCAUCGGCAUUCAACUGAUCAUCAUCGGAGGUCAAAUUUUGAUCAUCUUUGUUGGUGGCCAAGCAUUCUCUGUGAAGCGCCUUGACGAAGGAUCGCAAUGGGCGGUCAGUCUUGUUCUGGGUGCUCUUUCCGUCCCGAUCGCUGUUAUUAUCCGUCUUAUACCCGACGACUUCAUCCGCAAGCUCAUUCCCCACUUCUGGCAUCGCGACAAGAAAGAUUCGCCUAAACUCGUUGUUUCUGAUGAAGAUCGCCGCUUCGAGUGGAAUCCUGCUCUGGAGGAGAUUCGCGACCAACUGCAAUUCAUCAAGGCCGUCCGCGGCGGACGGUUAAGGAACAUCCGUCAUAAGCUGCAGCACCCUCAGGAACUCCUCUCUCGAUCUCGCAGCGGCUCUCGCUCGCGCGACUCUUCCGUUCCGCUUACGCCCGACGAGGAGAACGGCAAUGGCAGCAGAAGCCCAACCCUUCAGCCGCCAACGCCGGAGUCACGCUCUCGCCGCAACACACGGUCACGUUCCAGCUCAACGUUCGGACCCGCGGCUGCCAUGGCUGGUAUCGUGGCUGGCAGUAUUGCCGGAUGGUCACCUAUCGAGCGGGGCCAUGAUGAGGCCGACUCUAUUGCCUUCCCCACGACCGGUGGCCCCUUCAGCGGCUUGGACCGACAGCCGGGCAUCGAAAUCCAUCCUGAUACUGCGGCCGACGACCGUGUGGUGAAUGAAUACGACCAUGGUUCGAAGCAUCCUCCAAGCCAGAACCCGGACCUUACGCCCUUCUUUGAACAUGCUCCUACGGCCCUCUCAGAGCGCGCCCCGUCCAGCCGUGGCCGCCGGUCCUUGUCUCAACGAUCCCGGUCGAGCAUGAGUCACUCCCAGGUCUAA